GGAGAAGGAAGUGGGAGAACGUGAAAUUUUCGCCACUUUCGAUUGAUGACUGCAAUUGGAUGCGAAAUGUUAAAUAAAAGUUAAUUAGCAUACAAAAUGUUUACAAAGGUAACGUUUACGGCAAUAUCGCGUGCGCCAUUUGAAUGCGGUGUGAUUAACCUCGUCGUCGCGGGUUUUCCACAUUUAUCGCUUUCAAAUGCGAAUGCGGUAUUUGGAAGAGCAAGAACACUUGAAGUGCAUGGAAAUAGAAGGCAAUUAGUAAGCUUUUGCUCGCUAGCAAUUCCUUCACGUACGCCAAAGAUUUGUGCAACAUUCUCAAGGUUACGUCGACAUCAUUUUCAGAAGCAACAGUUAUUCAUUCAUCGGCAGCGACAACAAGAACAACAAUUCAAUUUUACUACGAUGGGUUCCAUUAAUUGCAAGGAAUAUACAACAACAAAUGUUGUGGAUUCAAAUAAAACAGAAAACGGUACCACAGGUUCGGGCUCUUAUCACAGUACGUGUGAAGCAGAAAUGUCUGAUAAAUAUACCGAUCCAGUUAUCGUUUGUAAUGAAAAGGAUUUACCAGAUCAUGGCAUGAAGCAAUUUGAUUUUAUAGACAAUAGUAAAGUGCUGUUAAUAAAACAGAAGGGCCAACUGUAUGCAGUUGGUCCUAAGUGCACGCAUUACGGAGCACCUUUGCAUACCGGAGUUGUAGGUGAUGGUCGGGUACGUUGUCCAUGGCAUGGAGCCUGCUUUAGCAUUAAAACUGGUGAUAUAGAGGAUUUUCCCGGACUUGAUUCGUUGCCUUGUUAUAAAGUAGAAAUUAAGAAAGACGGCAACGUAGCCGUUAUGGCAAAAGAAAAGGAUAUAGCAAUUGUUAAACGGCUUAAGGAUAUGGUUAAACGUGAUCCAGAUAAUUGUUGUACUUUUGUGAUAUUGGGCGGUGGUCCCGCUGGAGGCGUAUGUGUCGAAACACUGCGUCAGCAAGGAUUUACCGGUCGCAUUGUAAUGGUUUCCAAAGAGCCUUAUUUGCCAUACGAUCGCGUUAAAGUCUCCAAAUCAUUUGAUGCGAAAAUUGAAGCUUUACAGUAUCGCGAGGUUGCAUUCUAUGAUGAAUAUGGCAUUGAGACCUGGUUAAAUGUUGAAGCAACCAAGGUUUGUGGGGAUAAGAAGAUUGUCACCCUCUCGAAUGGAAUGUCUAUAAAAUAUGAUAAAAUGUUUAUCGCGACCGGUAGCGCCCCAACAAUUCCGCCAAUUGAUGGAAGCAAUUUAAAAAAUGUUGUAACUGUUCGCGGAUACGAUGACUCACAGAAUAUACGCGCACUUGUAAACGAAACGUCAAAUGUUGUUUGUUUGGGUUCCAGUUUUAUUGCUCUUGAAGUCGCACAAGCUUUAGUUAAACAAGUUGCGAGCAUAACUGUUGUGGGUCGCGGCGCCUACCCUUUAAGUGCAAGUUUUGGAAAUGAAAUUGGCGAACGAGUUCUGCGUUUAUUUAUCGAGAACAAGGUAAACAUGAUUAUGAAUAGCGGCAUUAAAGAAAUACUUGGUAAUAAAGAUGGUGAAGUAGAAAAGGUGAUAUUGAGCGACGACACUACAUUGCCUUGUAAUUUAUUGGUAUUGGGAACUGGUGCCAAGCCGAAUACAAAAUUUUUGGAGGGUUCUGGCUUAAAAAUAAAUGCCGAUGGUUCCAUUAAUACUGAUAUGUAUUUGAAAUCCUCUAUGGAAAGCAUUUAUGUUGGGGGUGACAUUGCGAAUGCACCGGUCUACAGUUCUAACAACGAACUUGCCGCCAUAGGUCAUUAUCAACUAGCUCAAUAUCAUGGCCGUAUAGCUGCCAUUAAUAUGUUCGAAUGCCGGCCAGAGAUACUACGAGCAGUGCCGUUCUUCUUUACAAUGCUUUUUGGUAAAGGUUUUCGUUUUGCCGGUCAUGGUGACUUCUCUGAUGUGGUUAUCGAAGGCGAUCUCGAAGGUAUGAAGUUUGUGGCGUAUUUCAUAAACAAUGAAGACAAAGUUGUAAGCGUUGCGUCAUGUGGUCGCGAUCCCAUUGUAGCACAAUUUGCUGAAUUACAAAGUCAGGGCGGUACUCUAACGCGUAAAAAUCUUCAAGAUACCAGCGAUCCAAUUGCGUGGACUAAAUUAAUUAAAUCGAAUUAAAUUAUAUAAUCAUUAUUCAAAUCAUUUAAACUAAUUAUUUUGUGUUCUCUUUUACAUCCGCUCGCGCUUUUUGCCUUAACUUACAUUUCUUACAAUAUAUUCGGGCAGACUUGAUUUGUUGUAUUUUUAAAGCCACAUCAAUGGUUAAUAACAGUAUAUUUUAUUGUAAUUAAAACACAUAUACAAAUGCAUAUUGUGAAAGCAUCGUGUGAUUACAAACAAUCAAGAAAAAAUAUAAUUUGCUGGCUUGAUAUUUUCAUUACUCUUUGA